AUGGGGAUCCGAGAAGCGUUGAGUUGGCUUAAAGAUGUCCUGGCCGUAGUGGUGGAGUCCGAUGCCUUGGAGGUUAUUUUGGAUAUUUGUAAUCCCUCUAGAGCGAAAUCUAACUCUUUGAUUACGGAUUAUGUGGAGCGAUCUGUGAAUCAGAUUGCACAUGUUCUAGCGCGUUAUGCUCGCUCUUUGUCAAGUCAUCAGGAGUGUCGUAUAUGGCAGUCCGUAGGACACGGUGGCGGGGACGGUGGUGCUAAUGGAUUUCAGGGUGGCAGUAAGCAUGAAAUCAUUGACAUUGGAAAAUUAGAGAAUGGAGGUGGAAUUGAUGGCGGAGGCCCUGUGGAGUUUUCUAGUGGUAUAGUUGAUGAACCCAAAAAUUUCAGUGGUGGUGGUAAUGGUGGUGGUGGUGGAGGGGCUGGAUGUGAUUCCGAUGGAGGAGCUGAAUGUGAUUCCGGCAGAGAUGGUGGUGGUGGUGGAGGUGGAAGUGAUGGAGGCUGUUCUUCUACGACGCAGGGAGGAGGAGGCUGUUGA